GAUCCCCACCAAAACCCCUGACGCGCUUGACACACUAUUGGGAGGCGCGUUGCUGGGUCGGACUCUAUUUGAUGCGCGUCUCGCCUUGCGAUUAUUUUCUGACGUGUUUCUUCUUCUCUUCCUCCCCUCUUUUCUUUGAUACCCUGACAUUCUCUUUAUCGUCGCCAUGAGCACCGAAACAAUCCUCGUCCUGGGCGGCUCCUUCGCUGGCCUCAACGCCGCUCACUAUGCGCUCAAACACACGAUCCCUCAGCUCCCCAAGAAAGAUGGGACGACAUAUACAGUUACAAUGGUCAAUCCGUCGAAGGACUUCUUCUGGAGGAUUGCCGGACCCCGCGCUUGCGUGUCGAAGAAGCUGAUGCCGCCAAGCAAAUUAUUUUAUCCAAUCGAGCCGGCAUUUGCGUAUGCGAAGGACAAUUUUACGUUCAUCCAGGGUACGGCGACACAUGUGGACCCGGCUGGACAGACGGUGUCGGUUACUACGGUUUCCGGCGAGCAGAAGCAAAUCCCGUAUCUGGCGCUUAUCAUUGCUACGGGUAUUUCAACGCCAUCGCCGCUCUUCACGCAGACGACGAAUGCUGCCGACCUCGAAGCUACGUACGAUGCAUUCCAGAAACAGCUUCCGAAUGCGAAGACGGUAGUCAUCGGCGGCGGUGGUCCAGUCGGAGUCGAGACAGCGGGAGAGAUUGCGGAGUUCCUGAACGGCAAGCCUGGCUGGCUGGCUGCAGCGCCGAAGAACCCCAAAGCACAGGUCACGCUCGUGACUGCCGAUAAGAAAAUGCUUCCGCUCCUCCGCGAAUCAAUCUCCAAGCAGGCAGAAAAGUUCCUGAAGCGACUUGGCUGCGACGUUGUCUACAACACGAAGGUUGUAUCCACCACUACAACCGGCGAAGGCGAGGGCGCGAAGACGGCAGUCCAGCUUUCGGACGGCAAGACCAUGGAAGCGGACAUUUACAUCGACGCGACCGGCGUCCGCCCCAACUCCUCCUUCCUUCCCAAAGAAUGGCUCGACAACCGCAACCGCGUCGACUGCAACCCGAAGACACUGCGCGUGGAGCACGAAUCCGCAGGCCCACGUGUCUAUGUUAUGGGCGACGUUGGCUCCUACACACGCGGCGGCGUCGUAGACAUGUACGAUGCGAUUCCCGUCGCGAUGACAAAUCUCAAAACCGACCUCAUCGCGCACAUCUCCGGCAAGGAGCCUGGGCCGGAUCGGCACUACACGCCGAACUUGAAGGAGCAGCAGAUCUGUCCGAUUGGCACGCAGAAGGGCGUUGGCGCUUUCGCUGGCAGGCCGGUGCCGAGUAUCAUGGUAUGGGCGAUCAAGGGGAGAGAUUAUUUGAUUGGCCAGUUGGCGGAGGCCCAGGUUAGGGGCGAUCCGGUCAAGAAGGAGACGAAGUGGAAGCCGCAGCCUAUUGUUGCGAGUGGGAAGGCCGGCUUGAGCAGUGGGCAGACGGCAUAGGGCAUUUAGGACGUCGAGUAGGGGGAUCGGAUUACUUCAUAAAAU